UCUGUAUCUGUUCCUUCUUCCACAGUAAUCUGAAGUCUCUUCCUGUGAGAGGUGAAAGGACACAGAGCUGCUAGCCGACAUGACAACAUUAAGACCUUUUACCUGCGAUGAUUUAUUUAAAUUCAACAAUAUUAACUUGGACCCACUGACAGAAACUUAUGGGAUCCCGUUCUACCUGCAGUACCUGGCUCACUGGCCCGAGUACUUCAUUGUGGCUGAGGCUCCUGGAGGAGAACUGAUGGGCUACAUCAUGGGGAAGGCGGAGGGAUCUGUGGCGCGGGAGGAGUGGCACGGUCACGUCACGGCUCUUUCUGUGGCUCCUGAGUUCAGGAGACUCGGACUCGCUGCCAAACUGAUGGAGAUGCUGGAGGAGAUCUCAGAGAGGAAAGGAGGAUUCUUCGUGGAUCUGUUCGUACGAGUCUCCAACCAGGUGGCGGUGAACAUGUACAAGCGUCUGGGCUACAGCGUUUACCGAACCGUCAUCGAGUAUUACAGCGCCAGCAACGGGGAGCCAGACGAAGACGCCUACGACAUGAGGAAAGCUCUGUCCCGAGACACGGAGAAGAAGUCGAUCAUCCCGCUGCCUCACCCGGUCCGACCCGAGGACAUCGAAUAACAGCCGGUGGCUCUCUGACUCUCUCUCUCUUCUCUACCAUCUCAUGUGGAUGAAUCUAAUAAUUCAGGCCUGCUCAGUCUCAGUCUCACUGUACAUAGUUAAACCGUCUCAGACGCUUACUGCUGCUCAUCGUUCCAGUCAGAGAGCCACGCCGCCAGCCCCCGUUCCCUGUAAAUUCAAAUGUUUUUGUUAAGAAAAUAAAACGACACGCAAAGUUGAAUUUGACGUCUGUGUAAUGCAGAAACAUGGUCACACAACACAAUAAAGACGGAUGGAUCAUCA